AUGGAAAUCAAGCCAGUUGAGGUUAUUGAUGGCGUUCCGGUUUUUAAGCCGUCUAUGAUGGAGUUUGCAAAUUUCCAAUAUUUCAUUGAUGAAAUUACUAAAUUCGGAAUAGAAAAUGGUAUUGUCAAAGUCAUUCCUCCCAAAGAAUGGCUGGAGCUUUUAGAAGGCUCACCUCCUGCGGAAAGUUUAAAGACUAUACAACUAGACUCCCCGAUUCAACAACAAGCCAAGCGAUGGGACAAACAUGAAAACGGUGUAUUUAGCAUCGAAAACGAGUAUGACAAUAAGUCGUACAAUUUAACACAGUGGAAGAACUUGGCCGAAAGUCUAGACUCUCGAAUAAGUCAAGGUGAUUUUAAUGAUAAAACUUUAAAGGAAAAUUGCCGCGUAGAUAGUCAGCAGGAUUGUUAUGAUUUGGCACAGUUACAAAUUUUAGAAAGUGAUUUUUGGAAAACCAUCGCUUUUUCGAAACCUUUUUAUGCAGUGGACGAAAACUCUUCAAUUUUCCCCUAUGAUUUAACUUUAUGGAAUUUGAAUAAUUUGCCAGAUUCUAUAAACUCAAGUAACAGACGGUUACUUACUGGUCAGUCUAAAUGCAUUUUUCCAUGGCAUUUGGACGAACAGAAUAAAUGCUCUAUAAACUACUUGCAUUUCGGUGCUCCCAAACAAUGGUAUUCCAUACCGUCCGCAAACACAGACCAAUUUUUGAAAAUUUUAUCAAAGGAACCAUCAAGUAAUAAGGAAAAUUGUCCAGCUUUUAUUAGACAUCAAAACAUCAUAACUUCUCCCGAUUUCUUGCGAAAAAAUAAUAUAAAAUUUAAUAGAGUGGUGCAGUUCCAACAUGAAUUCAUCAUUACUUUCCCUUAUUGCAUGUACUCCGGAUUCAAUUAUGGUUACAAUUUUGGCGAAUCUAUUGAGUUCAUAUUAGAUCAGCAAGCUGUCGUUAGAAAGCAACCUUUAAAAUGCGGCUGUGGAAACAAGAAGGAAGAGCGAAAAUCUGGUCCGUUUUCAAAUUUAUCUUAUGAUUCUAAUGAGUCGGAGCAACGAGGCUCCAUUACUGAUAAUGAUAACGAUUUAUUUCAAAAAGUUCGAAGUUUUGAUGAAUUACUAAACCAUUCCUCUCAAGAGUUACAAAAUUUAGAAGACAAUAAGAACCCCUUGUUCUCCAAUAUUAAUAUGAACAGACCGCAAAGUAGUUCUCUUCGGUCUACUACCCCUAAUGGUGUAAACCAGUUCCUGAACAUGAAUCAAACUACCAUAAGCAGAAUUUCUUCCCCGUUGUUAUCAAGGAUGAUGGACUUAUCAAAUAUUGUGGAACCCACUUUGGAUGAUCCGGGUUCCAAGUUCAAAAGGAAAGUUUUAACUCCGCAAUUACCGCAGAUGAAUAUUCCGUCUAAUUCUAGUAAUUUUGGCACCCCUUCUCUAACUAAUACAAACUCCUUACUAUCUAAUAUAACGGCUACAUCAACCAACCCAUCGACAACUACAAAUGGCAGCCAAAACCACAAUAAUGUUAACGCCAAUGGCAUUAACACCUCUGCAGCCGCAUCUAUCAAUAAUAACAUUAGCAGUACCAAUAAUAGCGCUAAUAAUAGUAGUAGUAAUAAUAACGUUUCCACUGUGCCUUCUUCAAUGAUGCAUUCGUCCACUUUAAAUGGGACUUCAGGUCUAGGCGGCGAUAACGAUGACAAUAUGUUAGCUUUAAGUUUAGCGACACUGGCUAACAGCGCUACUGCGUCACCAAGAUUGACGUUACCGCCGCUGUCGUCACCAAUGAAUCCGAACGGCCACACCUCAUAUAAUGGCAAUAUGAUGAACAACAACAGUGGUAAUGGUAGCAACGGUAGCAACAGCUAUUCUAACGGUGUGACUACGGCUGCUGCCACAACUACAUCAGCGCCUCACAAUCUAUCCAUAGUGUCCCCUAAUCCAACAUACAGUCCGAAUCCCCUAUCUCUUUAUUUGACCAACUCCAAAAAUCCAUUAAAUUCAGGUCUUGCACCCUUAUCACCUUCAACAUCUAACAUCCCAUUUCUCAAGAGGAAUAAUGUGGUUACAUUAAAUAUUUCAAGAGAAGCUUCAAAGAGCCCUAUAUCUUCUUUUGUAAAUGACUAUAGAUCUCCGUUGGGUGUAAGCAAUCCACUCAUGUAUUCUUCCACAAUCAACGAUUAUUCAAACGGUACUGGAAUUCGCCAAAAUAGUAAUAAUAUUAAUCCCUUAGAUGCAGGUCCAUCUUUUUCUCCUCUCCACAAAAAACCCAAAAUACUCAACGGUAAUGAUAAUAGCAAUCUGGACAGUAAUAAUUUUGAUUACAGUUUCACGGGUAACAAGCAAGAAUCUAAUCCAUCAAUCUUGAACAAUAAUACUAAUAAUAAUGAUAACUAUCGUACAUCUUCAAUGAACAAUAACGGCAACAAUUAUCAAGCGCAUUCUUCUAAGUUCGGUGAAAAUGAGGUCAUUAUGUCAGAUCAUGGUAAGAUUUACAUUUGUCGGGAAUGUAAUAGACAGUUUUCCUCUGGUCACCAUCUAACAAGACAUAAAAAGUCAGUUCAUUCCGGUGAGAAACCCCAUUCUUGCCCAAGAUGCGGUAAAAGAUUCAAGAGAAGAGACCAUGUUCUGCAACAUUUAAAUAAAAAAAUUCCAUGCACUCAAGAAAUGGAAAAUACUAAAUUAGCUGAAUCAUAG